AUGGUUGCAAGUCAUUUGACCACCGUUGCGCAUACAGCUCUAGCAGCCCUCUCGGCUGGUCACGAGCACAACAUCACUAUGCUUGCCGGUACGCGACUCCCGGUAGAAAGUCCAGAAGAUAUCAUCAUCCUACCAGCUCCAGAAGCCUUCGUCGCCCUACCAGCACCAGAAACGUUCUUCGCCAGCACGGACGAAGAGUAUCUCUAUGGAUAUGCGCACGCGUUUGACGCGAUGAUCAUGGCAUACAUUGAGUCUGUCUUGGACGAGCUUGUCAAGGCCGCAGACAAGAUGUUCGAGGUCGCCAAAGAGAACCCCCAGCUUUCCAUCGGAGCUUUACUUCUCAUUGGCGCUCCCCAUCUAGCUGGUGGCCCAGCAGUGGCGGUCCUGCAUGCCCUUGGCUUCGAGACCACAGGAGUUCUUGCCGGAUCCACCGCAGCAGCCCUUCAGUCCGUCAUAGGCAGUGUUACUGCUGGGAGUAUUUUUUCGAUUCUGACGAGUGCUGGAGCUGGAGGCCAGGGGAUAGCUGCCAUCACCGCGGCACUCCAAGGAGCAGGAAUCAGCCUCAUCUUUGCGGAUGUUUUACGCGGCCUGGGAUUUGCGGACUACUAG